CCAACAACAACAAAUCCUUCCUAAGACAGACAGACUCGUGGUCAUCCGACCUCCUAUUCAGAUUCGGUCCGAACGAUCGUUUGUCCUUCCUGAUUUGUGGCUCAUCUUUUGUCUCUUGAGCCAGGAUGGCCCAGAAAGACGAGGCCCCACCUCCGGGGUUCCUUCCGGGCCACACCCAGACGCUGGAUGAGUUCUCGCAAACGUGUUUGAAAACCAUCGCCCAAGCCAUCCAGACUUCCAAUCAACUUCCGUCCAAAGAGAAGAAGAACUUUGAGUUCUAUCAGACUUUCAAGGCUUUUCGCCACAUCAUGGACACGGAAUCAUCGGCCAUUCUGGGCCAAAUGGAGAAGCUCAUGCGUUGGAAUCGAUUGCGGGGCAAACCCUCGGGUUUGUCCGUGCCCGAUAUGAUGGAUUUACUCACGGAAUGCAAUGAUCAAUUACUCGAGCGCAUUAACAUCAAUCUGGACGAAGUGGCGGGCUUGAAGAAAACUCACGAUCCGGUUUUGUUGCAUAUCGCGCCCCGAGCCCAAGUGAGAUUGUCCGGGCAGUGGAACGCCCGGGACGGUAAGACCAAUUCGUCGGAGGAUAACACGCCCACCAAACUGGUCACGGCCAAGUAUAUUCCCCGUCCGCAAGCCCGAUUCAGAGACUGUAUCGAUAAUUCUUUGGGACCUUUCAUCCCGUCGUUGAAAGAGAAGCCCCAUUCCCAGAAGCCUUUGUCCAUUUUGGUGGAGCAAGCUGAUGAUGGCUCCGAGUUCUACAGUCAUCCUUACCAAUACGAGUUGACCUUAUUUCAACCCCGUAAGACGCAAAUGCAACGUGUGGAUCCAAUCCCUGAGGUCAUCGUCAAAGAUCAGGCCAAGUACACACUGGUGAACGACUCUCCAGCGCUCAUGGCCAUGAUGAAGGAGUUGAAAAAGGCCACGGAGAUUGCUGUGGACGUGGAACAUCAUUGGUAUCGUUCGUUCUUGGGCAUCACGUGCCUCAUCCAAAUCUCAACGUGGGAUCAAGAUUUUGUGAUUGAUCCGUUUUCCUUGUGGCGAGAGUUGACGGUCUUGAAUGAGGUCCUCACCGACCCGAAGAUUGUGAAAGUGUUACAUGGUGCUGAUCAUGACGUCAUUUGGCUUCAACGGGAUUUCUCUCUGUACAUCGUCAAUCUGUUUGACACGCAUAUUGCGGCCAAAACCCUCAAUUACCCUCCGGGGACUCGAUCCUACGCGAAUUUGUUGCAACGGUUCUGUCAAGUCCGAGCAGACAAGCAAUUCCAACUGGCAGAUUGGCGGAUUCGACCCUUGCCCGAGUGUAUGGUCGAUUACGCUCGAACUGAUACCAGGUAUCUCUUGUAUAUCUACAAACGUCUCAAGAACGACCUAAUCGACCAGGGCAACGAACAAAACAAUCUCUUGCGAGCCACGUGGGAAGGUGGCACUCUCUUGUGCCAAACGCGCUUUGAAAAACCACUCAUGACCGAGCGGUCCCAUUUGGAUUUCUUGCUCAAGAGUAGAACCAUGUUCAAUUCGCGCCAGCUUCAUGCCUUGUCAGCCAUAUUCCAGUGGAGGGAUAAAGUGGCUCGCCAGGAAGACGAGAGCCCAUCCUAUGUCUUACCCAAUCACAUGUUGCUCAAGAUUUGCCAAGAGCUCCCACGAGAGAUGCAAGGCAUUUUGGCUUGUUGUAGUCCUGUUCCUCCUUUGGUGAAGCAGUCACUUCAUCCCUUGCACAUGAUGAUUCUUGCAGCUCGAGAACAGCCUUUGACUCAUGUCCAUGUUACUGAAGCCGAACCCGUUCGGGCCGUCAUUACUUACAGCAUGACUGAAUUAGUUAGUGAUCCGCUAAAAUCGCCCUUGGAUUUAUCCAGAGUCAUGGAUCUUGAUUCUCAAGUCUUGAUGGAUUCGGACGGCAAGUUCUUUGACAAUGCCAUGUCCACCCAAGGGACUAAAUCUCGUCCCAUAAUUGGCGUGUUUGGACCAACUCCAGGCAAAGGCUCUGAGGAGCAGAAGAAGCCCAUCGUUGAACCGACACAAUUUCUCAGUCCCUAUCAACGCUUUGUCAUGUUGAAGCCUUAUCUGAAGUAUCUGGAAGCUCAAGGUGAUUCGAAAAAAGAUGCCACUGACAAGGAAAGGAUUGAGUCCAUCAAAGAGCAUUUCGCAGUUCUGACUGCACUCACGACGGCCGGGGAAAAGAAGGUAGAUGAAAUUGAAGUAAAGAGUGAUGACAAGGGCGGCGAAGAAGAACCUCCAGUUGAAGAUGAAAAUGAAGGUGAAGAAUACGAGGAAGAGGAACGGCCAAUCAAGAAAUUGAGAGAAGGUAUUCGACCCAAGAAUUUGUCCAAAGAAGUUCAAAAGCACAGGCGAAACGCCCAAAAAAACGAAAAAAAGAAAAUAAAGAAAAAGCAGCAACCCAACACUGACGAAAAUCAAACAUUAAAAAGGAAGAGUGCGCAAUCAGAUACCUCCCAACAACAACAGCAAUCAGUGAGCGAUGAUCUUGAUUUCUCGCAAUUCCAUUCCAAGAAGAAACGCCCGAACAACCAAAUGAACGAAUGGAAAGACUUCAAAGAUGCCACCAAGAAAGGGGGCUGCAAGAAGAAGCGAUUUCAAGGGGAAAACAAAAGCAUGUCGUACAAGAAAUAAAGCCUUUACGCUCGGUUCACUCCUGAUCAAGCAGAACCUGCUAUCUAUUUUUCUCUCUAAUCUUUCCCUUCUUCUUUUGGUAUGAUUUCAGAA